CAGAGCGAGCCGGUGUGGUCGGUGCAUCUUUAGGGUCUCGUGCACAUCGCUGGACCACCUGCGCGCGUGCCUGGACCUGCGCUUUGGAUUCACGGCGUGUUUCUCCGCGGAGCUUUGUUUCUUCCUUUCUUUCUUUUCUUUAUCUGUUUGUUUCUUUAUCGAAACAUGUUGCUCGAGCAUCCCGGAUCGAGCUGUCAGAACGCAGGAAAUUACUCCAGAUACAGCGCGAGCCAAGAUAUCCCAGUAUGUGCGGGCUGCAGUCAGCCCAUAGUGGACCGCUUCAUCCUGAAGGUGCUGGACCGUCACUGGCACAGCAAGUGUCUGAAAUGCAGCGACUGUCAGAGCCAGCUGACCGAGAAGUGCUUCACCCGAGGAGACAGCGUGUACUGCAAGGAGGACUUCUUCAAGAGGUUCGGAACGAAGUGUGCGGCAUGUCAGCAGGGGAUCCCCCCGACCCAGGUGGUACGCAGAGCCCAGGACUUCGUUUACCACCUGCACUGCUUCGCCUGCAUCGUCUGCAAAAGGCAGCUGGCCACAGGUGACGAGUACUACCUGAUGGAGGACAGUCGACUGGUCUGUAAGGCCGACUAUGAGACGGCCAAACAAAGAGAAGCCGACUCUACAGCCAAGAGGCCACGGACCACUAUCACAGCCAAACAGCUGGAGACUCUGAAGAAUGCCUACAACAACUCGCCCAAACCAGCCCGGCAUGUCCGCGAGCAGCUCUCUUCAGAGACAGGCCUGGACAUGAGGGUGGUACAAGUGUGGUUCCAAAACAGAAGGGCAAAAGAGAAGAGACUGAAAAAGGAUGCAGGACGGCAGAGGUGGGGACAGUACUUUCGGAACAUGAAGAGGUCAAGGGGCAGCUCCAAAUCUGACAAGGACAGCAUCCAGGAGGAGGGCAUGGACAGUGAUGCUGAAGUUUCUUUUACAGAUGAGCCUCCUAUGUCUGAUCUGGGCCACUCUAAUGGCCUCUACAGCAGCCUGAGUGAUAGUUCCCCAGCUCUGGGUCGACAGGGUGGACCUCAUGCUCCUUUUCCUCUAGAUCCUGGAGCUGUUCUACAAUCCCAGGACCAGUUUCAUGACUUGCGAUCCAGCAGCCCCUACGGCCUGCCCCAGUCCCCAGGUUCCCUACAGGCCAUACCUAGGCAACAGCCCCUCAUAUCUAGCAUGGUCUAUCCAGACUCUGGCCUGUCCAUGGUUGGCCAGGGUGGCGGUGGUCCUGGAAUGGGUCCAGCUGUGCGCAUGGUGGGUGGCGGAAACGGCCCCAGUUCAGAUAUUUCAACUGGAAGCAGUGGAGGGUACCCGGACUUUCCUGCAAGUCCGGCAUCUUGGCUGGACGAGGUAGAUCACAGCCAAUUUUGAUGACUGUGGAUGAGGAACUGUGCAAAAAUGGGUGAAAAGAAAUGGAAUGGCUCGAGUUGACUUGUCUCUUGAGAUAGAACUUCAGACAAUGACUGCUGGAGGAACUGUCACUUUGCUGUAAUGUCAGAAUCAUUGUCUUUAUUGUCGUCUGCAUGGUGAAAGAAUUAGCAGUUUUGGACAGGAGAGAGACUCCACAUGAAUGGACCCAAAACUCCUGUCAAAUGAUCCAGAAAAAGACUUCUUGGGUCCAAUGUGUUUGGUGAGGUUUUACAAAAACACAACACCAUCACUGAGAAUAGUUUGUACCUCCUAAAUACUGGGAAUGGGCGUACACUUGCCUUUUAAUACAGCAAUGACAUAAAGAAUACUCAUUUUGGUCACAUGUGACAGAGCCUAGAAGAAGACAACAAAAGUUAAAAAGAAACGUUCAAAGUCAAUGUUACCAAGAUGCCUGAGACAAAAACAAUCCAGAUAGCUCCAUUUUUCUCCAUUGGACAGCACCAUCAGCACUGGUGCAUUAAGGUAGAAACUACAGGAUGUUGUCCCUUUACAGCUGGUGUAGAUGUCUGACCCAUAAAGCAGACAUUUCUAAGACUGGACAUUAUUUCUCCUUUCUCUUCUUGAUGUCUAAGUGUAACAUCACCAGUUUUGGUCAAAAUGUCUGGUCGUUGCCAAAUGUCUAUAUAUACUGUAUAUCGCAACUCAGCAUUGUGGAGUCUUUAUUUUUAUACAGCCCUUCUUGGACAUCAUCAAUACAGAAAUAUAAAUAUUUAGGACUUUGUACAUUAAAAAAAAACAGGGAUAGACAAGUUGUAGUUGUUGUCUCUUGUUAUUCAAUAGAACUACUUCUAUGCAUUUGUGUGUUUUCAGAUGUAUCUUGUUCGUUUCACUCUAUUGAAACAGCCUGGGCAAGCAAGACCUUAGGCUAAUCUAAGUGUUUGUUUAUGUGAAAGAUGUUUUAUGUCUUAUUUAUUCUCUGAUGAUGAUGAUGAUGAUGAUAAUUAUGAUUAAGUGAUACAGGUCUUUAAUAAAUUUGUCAGUGAAAUACA